AAAGUUGCUAGGCUGACACCAAAACAAGCACAGUGUAUUUUUUUAAAAACUAUAUAAACCUUCUUACUUUCACUUUCUUCUUCGAUAAACUUCUUCACCGACUACUCCGCCCCUCUUCAUCAGAUAAAUAUACUACAAUAUGAACUCUUUUUGUUAAUUUUCCGGCGAAAGAUUCCAACUUUAUUGCACCAUGUUGGUUGUAAAUAUACUUUUGAUUCUCUUCUUCGUUCCUUGCUUUUUGUUUCUUGUUAGAUUUAUCUUGUACAGAACAGCUUUGAUUUUAGUUUUGCGGAAAUGGAUGAAUUGGGUGGAUGACAGAAUUCAUGUUCAUCAGUAUCUUAAAGUCGCAGAGCUCAAUGAAAAUGGCCAGAACAAUGAGUUCUACCGGAGGGUCUUCCUUUAUAUCAAUUCGUUGCCAUCCAUCGAAGAUUCAAAUUUCACUAAUUUGUUCUCCGGUAAGAAAUCUACUGAUAUCAUUCUAUCUCUGGAUGAUAAUCAGGUGAUUCAAGAUGAAUUUCUUGGAGCAAGAGUUGAUUGGGUGAACAAAGUUGAAAGAUUCGAUCAUGGGGGAGUUUGUAAUCGGAGUUUCUUGUUGAGGAUUAAGAAGAAGGAUAAACGCAGGACUCUCCGGCCGUAUCUUCAGCAUAUUCAUACCGUCUCCGAUGAUAUCGAACAGCGAAGAAGUGAAUUGAAAUUGUUUAUCAAUAAUGGGCCGUCGGAAAAUCCCGUAAACGGACGGUGGAGAUCUGUUCCCUUCACACAUCAUUCUACUUUGGACACCAUAGCCAUGGACGCAGAUCUCAAGAACAAGGUAAAAUCCGAUCUUGAAAACUUUAUUAAAUCCCAAAACUACUAUCACAAAAUGGGCCGUGCUUGGAAGCGUAAUUACCUACUUUAUGGUCCUUCCGGAACCGGAAAAUCUAGCUUCAUCGGCGCCAUGGCGAAUUUCUUGAACUACGAUGUUUACGACAUUGAUUUAUCCAGAGUUUCCGAUGAUUCAGAUCUCAAACUCCUUUUGCUACAAACUUCAAGCAGAUCCCUAAUUGUUAUCGAAGAUCUCGAUCGAUUGAUCAACGAGAAAUUAACGACGACGACCUUAUCAGGGUUGCUCAAUUUCAUGGACGGAAUUGUAAAUUCUUGCUGCGGCGACGAGAAGAUAAUGGUUUUCACGAUGAACAGCAAAGAUCAAAUUGACCCAGCGAUGCUUAGGCCAGGAAGAAUCGAUGUACACAUACACUUCCCUUUCUGUGAUUUCAAUUCCUUCAAAUAUUUAGCAAACAAUUAUCUGGGUGUUAAGGAGCACAAGCUGUUUCCACAAGUAGAGGAGAUUUUCCAUAGCGGCGCAACAAUGAGUCCGGCGGCGAUCGGAGAGUUGAUGAUAGUCAACCGGAGCUCCCCAAGCAGAGCUCUAAAGUCCGUCAUCACGGCGUUACAAUCAAACGGAACGGAGGGAAAGAUCGGCGGGAAGGGAAAACGGUUGAGUGACAGUGCAUCGUCGCCGCUACGGCUGGAGCCGCCGCCGCAUGCGGAGGAGACAGGUGGCGCAAACUGGAAGGACUCUGUUCCGGGGGCGAAGGAGGUGCGGAAGUUGUACGGACUGUUGAGAUUGAAAAGCUGUAAGAGUCCUAGUUCGUUCGAUCAUGACCCUGGGAUGAUCGAACGGUGACAAAUUUUUCUAUUAUUUUCUUCUUUUUUUUCACCUUAUUUUUCAAAAAAUUAUAAAGUAAUUGUCUGGUAA